GUUUUCAUUAUGUUUGUACACUAGUUUCAGUCAGGCGAAGUGUGUUGGGAUGAUUGUUUUAUAGUUGACGACUGGCUUAGGCUGUGAUAUGUUGCGAUUUUAGACUGUUAUGAUUCCUUUUUUUUUAUAAGUUUGAUAUCUCUCCGCAAUGGAAGUAUUAUUAAUUGACAGUGGUAAUACGUGUGAAUUUUAAAAUCGCAUUCACCCCACUCCACGCCGCUGCCCUUGUAUCCCCACCAGCUUUUUCCAAAGAUAAAAUUCAUGAUGUGAUAGGGAAAUCACCUGAAUUUAAAACGAGUACACACAAGUGUAGUAAUAAUAAUAAUAAUAAUAAUAAUGUGCGAGUGAAAUUAGAUGUGGGCUAAUGUCAGUAAGAUACGAAUGGCGAAUAACGACCCUCAGGAAAUAAACCGUGAGUGGCGAUACGAACAGGGAACAUAUUCACUCGACUAAAUGAAUGAACGAUAAGGAUUCAGCAGUAAAGAGCAAUGUUGCCACACCCAGUAAUGAUAGUACUGAACGACGUAAGGCAAAAAACAAGAAAAAAUCAAAGAGCAAGAAAGUCAAAGUUAAGAAACCAUCGAUUGCACUUCAGUUUCCUCCCAGGCCUGCCACAGAAGUAGGUGGCAAUGAAGCAGCUCCUAGUGUAUCUCACAAUGACAGUAAAGCACCACAGAAGGAGGACACUGAUUUUGAUGUGUAUGCAGGAAGGGGAAUUACGAAGUUGACACAGGGAAAUUCUAGAUUUCCCCGAGCCCAUUUUAAAUGUGGUUACUGUGAAUAUUUCUGUGAUGAUUUGGCUACUGUUGAUCGACACCUUUGUGAGGAACGUCAUAAAAAGCGUGAAGAGGCAGCCUGUUUUAUUGAAUGCCUUUUGUUGUUGGCAACACCACCAGAAAAUAUAUUAAGGAUAAUCGACAGAUGCCUAACUGAUGCCAUUGCGGGAUUGGGUUUGACGCUGUCUGACUAUAAAAUCAGGAACAAGUAUAAAGAUAACUUGAACAAGAAGAUAAGUUCUGAUUUUCCAGGAUGUUAUUUUGAACUGUAUGGGUCUUCUCUGACAAGAUUUGGGUUUAAGAAUUCCAAUAUAAACUUCAGUUUCAAUGUACCACCAAAAGUCAAUGGUCCAACAGCAUUACUCAACCUAAAAUCAUGGCUUGAGAAACAGGAAGAGAUAAGAGAUGUAACUCUAAAUGUUGGGUGUGAACUGCCAUUAAUAACAUUCCGAGAUAGAGAAAAUGACUUCUCAUGUGAUGUUGCAUUGAAUAAUACUGAAGCUGUGAAGCUAUCAGAACUCUUGUCAAAUUAUGGUGCUAUAGAUGAUAGAGUUCUUCCAUUGGGCAUAACAUUCCGUCAUUGGGCAGAAGUUUGCAAACUUGCCAGUCAAGAUGAUGGUGGACUUCCAAAACAUGCUUUUGCUGUGAUGACAGUGUUUUAUCUUCAGCAUGUCCAACCACCAGUAUUGCCAUUAGCACCCAUUAGUGCAGAAAAGGGCAAACCAUCAGAGGCUCAAUGGGGUACAAAAAGAACAAGCUGGGAAAGCGGAAAUAAAUCCACAGUUGGAGAGUUGUGGCUGGGCUUGCUGAAGUUCUUUUCUGUUCGAUAUCCUCUAUCUGACUAUAUUGUGCGUAUUGACAAACGAGGCAUUGAGAAGAGUAAUGGCAGAAGGAAGAUUAUAAUUGAAGAUCCUUUUCAACCAAAGAUGAAUAUUGCUCGGACUGUGAUAAGUGGCUCUACGAUGGAGUAUUUUCUUCAUUGCAUGAGAAUAACAUUCAAAUAUUUUUCAAUUCCUAAUACAGCUGAUGGGCCAAUAUAUCAUCAUGUUAUUAGAGAUGGCACACUCGCUGAGGAUUCGAAAGAAAAAGAAACACGAGAGGAAAUGAUUGAGAAGAUGUUAAGAGAAGAUGAGCGGUUCAACAAGAAGUUAGAUGGGUUAAUUUCUCAAAAAAAUGCUUCGUCCAGUGCUAAUACACAUUCCAAUUUGACAAUCACUGUGUCUCAGGCACACACAUUGAACUGUGGUGUGAAUGAAAAAUGUGUUUCCUUUAAUUUCUCACAGUUCAGCUUUACAGGAGGAAAGAAACUUCCUUUAGUUUGUACUUUUUGUAUGGAAGAUAACCACACACAGAAAGCCUGUCCACUGAAUCGACCUGAUAAGUUGGUGCAGAUGACUGCAGACCACAUCAUGACCCUGGAUAGGGUGUGUGAAUAUGUUCUAGAAAACUUUUCUCAAACACAAAAACAAAUAGACCUACGAAAGUCUAUUGUAAUGGAUCUGGAACAAUAUAUUUCAAAACUGUAUCCAAAUGUGAAGCUGGAACUAUUCGGAUCAUCAUGCAAUGGGUUUGGAUUACAGAACUCUGAUCUUGAUAUUUGUUUGACUCUAAAAGGAAAUGAUACAGGAAUGGAUCUUGACUUCGUACAGAUAAUUGAGGAUCUAUUUGUUCAUUUGAAAGGGUAUAAAAGUAUUAGGAAUUUAGUUCCUAUAACAUCUGCCAAAGUGCCAAUAAUAAAAUUUAACCAUUUCUCAUCGGAAUUAGAUGGCGAUAUCAGCAUAUAUAACGUCUUGGCUCAAAACAAUACAAGACUACUUAAAGUGUAUUCAGAUAUCGAUAUAAGAGUAAAGAUUCUGGGAUAUGUUAUGAAACGUUUUGCCAAAUUGUGCAAUAUAUGUGAUGCUUCUCGAGGUAGCCUGUCAUCAUAUGCAUAUAUUUUGAUGGUGAUAUAUUUUCUACAACAGUGUGAACCACCUGUGCUGCCAGUUUUGCAGGAGCUCCCAGAAGGAAGAAGCAAGCCAGAGAAACUUGUCGAAGGGUGGAAUGUUUACUUCUACGAUGACAUUGAUAACUUGCAAGCUGUAUGGCCGAACAUUGGCAAAAAUAAAACUUCAGUUGGUAGUCUGUGGUGCGAGCUUUUGAAUUUUUAUGCAGAAAAAUUUGAUUUCAAGACUCAUGUUGUAUCAGUUAGGCAGAAAGAGCCUUUGCUAAGAUUCACAAAGAUGUGGACCACCAAAUGCAUGGCCAUUGAAGAUCCCUUUGAUUUGAACCACAAUUUGGCUUCAGGAUUAUCCAAAAAGAUGCAUUUAUACAUCAUAAAAGCAUUUAAGAAAGGACAAGUUCACUUCAGAAAUUCCAUUAGAGGAGGCAGCCUGAGUGUUGCAGAGCUGGAGGUGUCACUGUUUAAGAGUGACAAACUGAUAGAAGGAGAGCCUCCAAAUAAUAGAUCUCGUCAUAUGAGGCAUGGCAAUGGUGGUGCUGGAAGAAGAAAUAAGAACAAGAAAUCUGAAGAGAUAAGAACACAAAAAAGUACAGAAGUGAUUAGGAGUCCUGUCAAACAAGGUGGUAAGUUUGAACAGGCCAUUAGCUAUGGACGUGUUGUUCAGCCAUUUGAACGUAACCCAAAAGACAGCUUCUAUGGUAAAAGAAAUCGUGCAAAUCAUGCAUUUGGCCCUAAUACAACUAUGGCACAUUCUGCUGAUAUUAGAAACUGGAGACAAGGAAGUGGACACAGGGCUGAAAAUAUGGUGCAGAGUAGAGUGGUAGAAAACAGUGCAUUGAAGGUGAAUAUGAAUGGACCUCUUGCGCCACAGUCUCCAUUUCAUUUUCAGGUGUUACAAAGAAACCAGCAACAAAUGAAAUCCGCAUUUCCGAAUGCAGAAGUACUUGAACAAAGGGUAGAAAUUUUAGGCAAUAAAAGCCCAUCUCGUAGAAUUGUGGACAUUUCACAUCCGUCCAGGAGAUAGUUAUUUCCAUCAAAAAUUGCUUAUCAUGGAAAUUUUCAUGGUAUUGUGUGCAGUUUGAACUGUAAACAGAUCAGUGUGCUUGAAAGCCCUCUCUUAAAUUGGUGUUUUUGCACCGGUAUGAGAAAACUGUUGAAAUGGUGCAAUUCCAAAAGUUUCUCGAUCUCAUGACAAGUUUUUAAAAGGCAGAGGAACUGUGUGAUUUUAUAAAUUUGAAUAUUUUAUCAAUCUUAAUGAAAGGUAAAACAGUGUUGCACUUCUACACUGACUUCUCUGCAGCCAGUUUUAACAAAUGACCACAAGGAUCUUCGAUGAAAAGCGCCUGUUAUACAUUACAAAUGUUCUUGUUAGAAAAUAUCUGUUUCAAAAUUCAUUAUGUACAUGAGAAAAGGUUAGAUGUAAUUUUUUUUUCUGUAUGAUGAUUGUAUGAAAAAUUUUGUGACAUCAUCAUGAGUGUAGUUUACAGCAAUGGCCAUUUAAACAGGCAGAAUAAUUUUAUAUAUUUUUAUUAUUUUCUGUUUUAUUUAUUAUACAGUGCAUGUUUUUAUAAUUGACAACAUUUUUAUAAAGGUGACAAACUGUAUUUUAUUUACUGAUCUAAAUUGUUAACUUGUUUUGUCAUUCAAAUCAGUUUUAGUUUUUUUUAAUACAGUUCAUUUAUGAAUUGUUUUAUGUUUUAAGGGGACUUUCAUUGAAUUUAUUUUUAUAUUCACGUUUAUUGUCAAAUGUCCUUCAUGAUAUGAGAACAGUAUGCAGAUUGUUUGAUGCAUAUUUGAGGGCUUGGGAAGGAAGUGAAAUGAAAUGAAAUUAAGUGAAGUUAAGGGGAGGGAAGGUUAUUAUUGUUUUGUAAUGUAAUCUUUGUUAACUGCAUCAUAGUCUAAAUGUUUUAUGCUAUUUACAUUUGUUGUACAUAAAUUUUUAUUUUCGUUGGAAAAAGCUGUUGUUUUAAUUGUUAAUAGAUAACUGUUAUUAGCAGUGUCAAAAUAUUUUAUGUUUUUUAAAUUGGGCGGUUACUUGAAAAUAGCUGGGGUGGAAAGGGUUCAGUUUGUUAAUCGCUCUCUGCAUAAAUGGAAAAGUGUAUUGCCAGUAGAGUGCGUAAAGUAUUGUGAAAAAUUGUUACUUUUUUGUUAUAAUUGUAAAAACUAUAAAAGUAUCACAUCAUUGUUUACAGAGGGCACACAACAAGAUAUUGCAUUUUCUUCUUGAACUUCUUCAUGGUAGUGGUCUCUGUUAAAAUUAUGCAGAGUGUCAGAAGUAUUUGACCAAAAUUGUAGACUGUGUAAAAACUAUCUGACAUCAUAUGUUGCCAUUCCUCGCACACUGAUUAAGUUUGCUGUUUGGUUAUUUGUAAUAUGCCUUUAGUUGUGGCACAACAUUUUGACAAUGUAUGAAGAGCACAAAAAUGUCUUAUAUAAAUGAAAGUUAAAGGAGAACUUUUGUAUGUAAAAGUAUAUGAAUUUGCUUGCUUAUCAUUACACAUGAAUCCCAUGAAACCAGUUGGUAAAUAAAUAACUUUCACAGUUCUCAGUAAACAUAGCUGAUGUGACCCUUUUAUCAGUUCUACAGGUCACAGUCAGGCUGACAGCAACAAUCAGAUCUUAAACUCCCACCCAUCAAAAUGAAAUAUUACCUCUUCUGCUGCCCAACUGAAGAGAAUGAAAAUAAGAGGUCCUAAAAGUGUAAAAACAUGAUAAACGAAAUGACUGCAUGAAUAUGUGUGUGUUUGAUUUACAUUUUCAUCCAGAAUUACGUAUUCUGCUAAAAAAUUAUGUUAAUGAAAUAACCUCCAUUCCCCACAGGCACACAUGACACAAUAAGUAUAUUCACUUUAAAGUUCAGUGAUAUGUUUCAGAUUCAUUCACUAAGUAAAUGAUGACUCUCCUUGAAGUAUAUUUUUUUCAUUGCAUCCUAAUGUAGCAGAUUGAUGUGUUAAAUACAUUAUACUCUUAUGAUACAAGGUAGAAAUUAUUCCACAUUACAUAUUUUUUCCAGUUUAUAACGUUAUAAUUUUUGCACUGCUGCAGAGUGCAUGUUAUUGUCAUACAUUCGUGGUAGAUUGAAACAAUGUGCAAGAUGAAAAAUUUACCCAAAUGUCUGACUUCCUGCAAUCACAAGUUUCCACACAAUCUCCUGAACAAUGCUAAUCCAUGUAUGCGUUUUGUAUCCUAUAGCUUACAUUAUCAUAUUUUGGUGCACAGUUGACAAUGUCUGCAGUAGAAGCCAGAUGCUUGUGUUAGAUUUGCACUGAAGCACAAUGUUUUAAUCUAUAAUGAAUGAUAAUCUCAUCAUGCAUCCUGCCUGUUCAGCCAUAGGCCAUAUAUGAGUCAUUCCCCACAGUUUCCUUUUUCUCAGGGGAGGCUAAGGAGAGUCUCUUUGGAAGUUUGGAAUUGCAGAGUUGGGAAAUCAAGGAUAUACUUGAAGCCAUGAAGUAUGGAGCUGGCAGUGAAUUAAAUACACGCAGCAAAGUUCACUGACUGGUUUUUUAAGUACAAUGAAGGUUCCUUACACUUUAUUGACAAAUGUCUGUUCUGUAAAUCUGUGCAUGCUACAAGAGCAGCUGUGUCUACCUACCUCUUUAUGUACUGAUGAUUACAAUAUUUUUGUUGUAAUUUGUA